ACAAAAUAUCGUCCUAUUUAUAAUAACGAAAUAUAAUUCGUGUGUGGAUAAUAUGAUAAUGAAUAAAUAUUUGUUAGAAGGUAUCUAGUAUCUACUUAUGUAGAAAAAUUCUUUAAGGAUAUCUCUAUGUUUCAAAACAUGACAGAUCGAUGUGCAUCCAUGCACAUAUUUCAAAUUUACAUCAUCGUUUCAUUCUUGAGAUUCACCGAAAUGAAAAGCUCCGAGACACCAAGAAUAGUCGGGGGUUGGAAGUGUGAUAUAGAAGAGUACCCCUUUAUGGUUUCUCUAAGAACUACCAUACGUUUGGAGCAUUUUUGUGGGGGAACUUUAAUUUCUUCCAAAUGGAUUCUGUCAGCUGCCCAUUGCUUCAGUCAAGUAUACAAUUUUCCAUGGCUUGUUUCCGCCGUUUUUGGUUUGUCCAGAAGCGAUAUGAUUGGGAGGCAUGUUAUAACCUCCAAGAGAAUUUACUUGCACCCAACAUUCAACAUGCGUACAACAAAAGACGAUAUAGCGUUAGUUCUGCUUAGAAGGAGCGCUUUCACCAUCCCAGGAAGCGUGGGAUACAUCAAAUUACCCCCAAAAAGUUUAUGGGGGGAUUUAUCCGCAUUAAACCUAGGCGUUUUUUUGGUGGCUGGAUGGGGAUCUACGGAACAGUCUAAAGAUUUCAUAUCGCAUUAUCCAAAAAUAUCAACCUACUUGAGAUGUGUUAAUGUUUCCUAUAUUCCUUACGAGGAAUGUUUGAAAUAUUCUGAUGCUGCUACUUUGUAUAACCUCUGUACAUAUAACAUUCAAGGAGGAAAAGAUUCUUGUCAUGGUGAUUCCGGCGGACCACUCUUUCACGAUGGUGUGCAAUAUGGCAUCGUGUCUUGGGGGAUGGGUUGCGCAGAGCCAAAAACCCCUACUUUUUAUACCAGAGUUGAUAGAUACCUCGAUUUCAUCGAAUAUACCAUGCUCAAUUAUGGAAAGACAAAUAGGUUAUAUGCAUUUUUACUUCGAAUUGUAAUAGUCAAUAUUUUGAUUAAAGUGGAUAUUCAUUUGUUGUUUUAUGUGAAGAUGGUCAUCGUACGAAGCGAAAAUAAAAAAUAUAUAUCUACUACUGAUGGUGACUUCCCAAGGAUGAAGUCCUAUAAAUUACAACGCUAUACCUAAAAUCUAUUGAAUUGAUCUUUUUGCAGAUAAAUUAUUUCUCACUUAUUUAAAUAUCUGAUUAACAGUGUUCAGAAAUAACGACAUGUUUUAUAUUGUUUCCAGAUAUUUCAUCGUGAUUUAAUUCAUAAUAAAUCUUCCUUCAAUACCGAAACUUGCAAUGUUAUUAUGAGUUUUCUUAUCAUGAGAAUUUCAUAAAACCCAAGAUAACUUAUUGAAUUGGUAAAUUAUUGUUCUACUUCUACCGUUAUCAAUAAUAAUUUCCCAAAAUAAAUACAUAUAAUUACGAAAGAUCUAAUUAAAUGUCAAUUACUUCAAUAAUGUAUGCAUUAAUUUAUCUAAUUUUUAUUUAUAGGGGCAUGCACGGUUUCUGUUUCUAUUGAAACUAUUGAUUACAUUUUUUCCGAAAUCCAUGAUAGACCAAAGAUCUGAAAUAGAUCGGUUUCUAUGCUGAACCAAUUUCAAACGUUUUAGCAUGCAACAAUAUUAUCGAACACAAGCCCGAAAAACUGAUGUACCUAGUUUUGAAAUUUAAUCAUUUCAGAAAACGGCUCUAACAGACGAAUUUGUUAUUAGGUGUUGGAAACUGUUGACCUAAAAAACUGUACCUAAAGCUUGAUGAUUAUUUAUCAACACUACGGGUGAUGAUUUAUAGAUACGUUGUCUUACAUAAGUAGUAGAUAUGUGCUGAUAAUAAGCAGUUGAGCACAAUGAGCAUUCUCCUUAUAAGCAAAUGAUUUAAGUUUUUAAUAGCACAACUCAUCAAAUCA